AUGGGUGCAUCAAAUAACGACCGGAAGCGUCCUCACACCGAAGCUGAGGAUAUCGACCCUGCUUCCUUCGAAGACCGCGACAAUGGCGCAGUAAAAUCUACAAAGAGAGCUCGAGUCGAGGAACGUCGAUCGCUCUUUGUUCGCUCGCUCCCCCCCGGUGCCACGAGCGAAAGCCUUACCGAUUUCUUCUCUGAGCAUUACCCUGUCAAACAUGCCACUGUGGUUGUUGACCAGAAGACUAAGGAAUCAAGAGGUUAUGGUUUCGUAACUUUCGCCGAUGCUGAAGAUGCGGUGGAGGCAAAGAAGGCUUUGAACAACCAAGAGUGGAAUGGUCGUCGCAUCCGUCUCGAUGUUGCCGAGCCAAGACAGAGGAACAACACGACCGGCGAGUUGCCUGCUCACAAGAUUCGCAAGGAGGAGAUUCAAAGGCCAAACAAGUUGAUUGUGCGCAACCUGCCUUGGAGUAUCAAGAAAUCAGAGCAGUUGGAGCACCUAUUCCGAAGCUUCGGAAAGGUCAAAUUUGCCGAUCUGCCUCAAAACAAGGGCAAGCUCAAGGGAUUCGGAUUCGUCACUCUCAGAGGAAGGCCAAACGCAGAACGCGCACUGGAGGCCAUCAAUGGCAAGGAGAUUGACGGCAGAACACUGGCAGUUGACUGGGCUGUCGACAAGGACACCUGGGAGAAACAACAGCCAGAGGAGGAGAGCAAGAAGCAGAAAAAGGGAAGCAAGAAGCAAGAAGAUGUGGAGGAGGAGGAGGACGAUGAUCCGACAUCAUCAGAAGGGAGUGACGAUGAGGAUGAUGAGCAAGAGGGCGGUGCUGAGGUCAACCGAGAUGACCAACUGGACGCCGAUCUGAAAAACUUUUUCAAGAACCACAUGGAGAAUCUUGAAGAUGAGGAAGAUGAGGAAGAUGAAGACGAGGACGAAGACGAUGACGAGGAGCUUGAAAAGGAGGUUGAGGCUCUAGCGCCCAAGAAGACCACGACAGACAACACUUCAACUGUUUUUGUGCGCAACCUACCAUUCACGACCACAGAUGAACAGCUCAAGGACUUUUUUGGCCAUUUCGGCAAGGUUCGAUAUGCCAGAGUGGUCAUGGACAAAGUCACUGAGAAGCCAGCUGGCACCGGCUUUGUCUGCUUUUUCGACGUCGACGAUGCCAAAAGCUGCAUCAAAGGCGCCCCGCGCCCUCAAGCACCUGCUACCGCCGCCAACAAGAACUCCAUCCUUCAAGACGAGAGUGCUGAUCCUGAUGGAAAGUACACUCUUGACGGCCGACUUCUUUCGGUUGCGCAAGCAGUCAACAAGCAGGAAGCCACCAAUCUCGCAGAUAGCUCCCUCGCCAAGCGCAACGAAAAGGAUAAGCGUAAGCUUUUCCUACUGAACGAGGGUGCUAUUGACAAAAGUUCGCCCCUCUUCAAUCUUCUUACAGAACCAGAGAUUCGAAUGCGACAGGCCAGUUCUGCUCAACGUAAGAAGCUCGUCCAAGGCAACCCUAGUCUACACUUGAGUUUGACCCGACUGGCUCUCCGCAACAUCCCUCGCAACAUGGACUCGAAGGAUCUCAAGGAGCUAGCGCGAAAGGCUGUCGUUGAAUUCGCCAAGGAUGUCAGGGCCGGACGCCGACAACCACUCUCAAAGGAAGAGAACGCUCGAGACGGAAAGGACGCUAAGGAAAAAGAGCAUGAGCGUAAGGCUAAGGGUAAAGGUAUCAUUCGGCAAGCAAAGAUCGUUUUCGAGAGCGGACAAGGAACAAAGAUGCAGGAAAAGGAUGGCGGCAAGAGUCGCGGCUACGGUUUUAUCGAAUACACUUCUCAUCAUUGGGCGUUGAUGGGACUUCGGUAUCUCAACGGUCUCCAGCUUCAGAACGAGAUCGGCAAGAAGCAGCGAUUAGUCGUUGAAUUUGCCAUUGAGAACGCCCAGGUUGUUCAGCGACGACGUGCCAACGAGGAGAGGUCUCGGCAACUGAACCCAGAGCAUAACAAGGCUGCUAAGUCUGAGGCUCAGUCGAAGACCAAUGCCCAAUACACAAAGGACAACAAGAAACGGGGACACAAGGACAACAAGGACAACAAGGGCGGAAAGGACCGAAGGCCUGGAAAGCCUGGAAGGGAUGCGGGUGGCAAGCAGCCAGAAGAAGAGGGUGGUCGAAAGCCUGAGACAGACGCUGAGAUGAAGCACAGGUUGAUCGCCCGGACAAGAGUUAUGCGCAAGAAGAAGGCUUUGAGCCGAGGAAAGAAAUAA